GGUACAGAUGUUCUUUCUACUGUCUUCGUUCCUAAUGGCGCAGGGGAUCCUACACUCGAAGGAGGAACCAAGCCUUCGGCUGUUCUUCAAGUUGUUGCUUAAGAGGAUAGUGAGGAUAAGCCCAGUGUAUCUGCUAGUGAUCGAGUUCGCGAGUACUUGGUGGCCGCUGAUGCGCGGAGGACCGCUGUGGCCGGUCGUGGUCGAGGCAGAGAGUGCGGUCUGCCGGCGCAAGUUCUGGGCGCACGCCUUCUUCUACAACAACUUCUUUGACGACAGUAAAUACUGUCAAACACAGACUUGGUUCUUGGCAGUGGACAUGCAGCUGCACGCGCUGGGGCUGGCGGUGGUGAUGUGCACGCGGGGCGCGGGGUGGGGCGCGAGGCGGGGCGUGCUGUGGCUGCUCGGCACCAUGUUCCUCGCCUCCUGUCUCCUCAACACCUGGAUGGCCUACGUCUCCGAGUGGCAGCCGCUCAUGUUCGUCUCGGUACCUGAGAACGUGAGAACAAUGUUCAGCGGAGAGCCCACCUUCAGCGAGUACUACACGAAGCCGUGGGGCAGCCUGCCCGCCAGCCUGCUCGGGCUCCUCGUGGCGCAUCUACACCACCACCUCUACCAGCGAGGUUUCAAACCAGAAGAACACAAGGGACUGAUCGUGGCCUGCCAGUCGAUGGUUCCUGUGAUCCCGGCGUGGGUGCUGUGCGGGAACCUGGUGCGCAGCGUCAGGUCGCGCGGGUUCAUAGCGCUGUACAUGGGGCUCGAGGCGCCUAUGCUGUGCGUGAUGGCGGCGCUCCUUCUAUUCGGCGCCUACAAUGGAUCCAUCAAAACUGAUAUUGGUAACCACGACCACGCAUUGGCACAAGGUAAAAAGACGACGCCUGCCUCAAAGGAUAUAACCGCACAGCGCAUCGCAACAAAAGGGUACCUGCAGCACGUGUUCUGCUGGCGCGGCUGGUUCGCGCUGGGGAGGCUGUCCCUCUCCGCGCUGAUGCUGCACUGGUGCGUGUACACACUGUUCGCGGCCUCCGUCAACACGCCGGUCACGUCCUCUGCGCUGCACAUUGCGCGGGACACCCUGGCGACGGCGUGGCUCACGUACGGGGCGGCCCUCCCCCUCACGCUGCUGGUGGAGGCGCCCGCGCUGCGACUCUACUCCGCCCUCGUCCACUGAACGCUCCGAAGAUGUAACGACC